AUGAAAAUUGUUGAGAAACUUAAGAAAUUUGCUACUGAACUUGGUGAAAAUGAUAAUAUUUUAACGCAUUUAUGUGACGGCCUCGAAAAGUUUCUCGGCUUCAACUCUGAGUCCAAAGGCUACACUGGCCAGGGGAUUGUGUACUCUGACCUGGAUAGGCUGUGUGACGGGGUGAUGGGAUUUUUGAGUGGCGUUCUCAGUAACAUCAAAGAGCAUUUAGGGCAGCAUAAAGAUACUUUGAAUGAUGCAAUUGAGAGUCUUAACACCAAUAAACACGCCGGUAAAAAAGGUUUUAAUGAUGCGAUUGCGGAGGUGGUCGACGGGGUGCGGAGGUAUAAUGAUGCUGUCAGAGACAGUAAUAAAAAGGUGAGUGAUGUAAUAACAAAAAUAAAUAAUUACGCAAGGAAACUCAAAAGUAACAUUGGAAAAUUAGAAUAUCAUGAACAUGUGGCCUCUAUUGAUAAGUAUGUUAAUGAGUGCAUUAGGUUGGCUGCAGCGUACUCCGAAGGUAUGGUAGCGGAGGAUGCGCAUAUAGGAGAUCUGCAAGAUAUCCUAGAAGAUGAGGUGCGUAGGGCUAAAAAUGUAAUUGAAUAUAAUGCUAAUAGGAUUCAAAAAAUUUGGAUGCAGCAGAAGAGUUUUAAAGAUUCCGUGAUUUCUUCUGUGGAGAAGCAGCUUGACGAUUCAAAAAAUACGAUUAAUUCAUCCUCUACUGAGAGCAUCACAAAGUUCGCCAAAGGCUUUGCAGAAAUCAUUGAAGCGUUCAAACAACGAAUUGCAGACAUCGAUAAGAUGUUGCUGGAAUAUGUAUCACAAGUUGGUCAAUGGAUUACUAAAGCGCAUGACGCUGUCUCUGUCGCAUUGGGUAGAGUUAACGAGAUCACUCAUGUGAUUAGUGGUCCCAAAGCGCAAUAUAAGUUAGAACUUGUAAAUGCAGUGGCGGAAUUAAAACAUAAAAGCUUAGGGUUGUAUAACGCUUACAAGGCAUCAGCAGGAAAACUUCCGAAGUUGGCCAGUAUGGUUAAAGAUGCACUUGCAGAUUUAGAUGGAAAGGUGCAAAAAGAUUUGGCAGAAUUGCGACACGGGAUCGGCUCGGUGGUUUCACAGUAUGUUCAAAUGGCUCGUAAGCAUUUCGAGGUAAUCAAGGAGAAAACCCUUGGUGAGCAAGGUGACGGAAAUGGGGGUAUAAAUAAGUAUUGGGGACAACUCGAAGAUGGCAUUUGGAAUCUUAUUGAAGGAAUAUAUGCCAAAAACCCAGGAAAAUCAGGUUUAACCGCCAUAAUACAGGGCGUGGCUACAUAUGCGGAGAAGUUCACGAAACAAAAUUUUGGGAACGAUAUAUUAGAUGCCUGGAUUGCAAGCCUUUACUUGAGAAUGAAACCAUCUACUGGAGACUAA